UGUCAUUCCACUGUUUUCCGUUCUAUUCGAUGACACCCUCGUAAUUAUAAUUAAUAACCCGAUUGCCAUUUGAAAAUCAGUUUUUUGGUGGAGAAAAAUUGUGUGAAACUGUCUAUAAUUGUUUAUAUUUAAUUGUUUAUUUCAAUUGUCAUAAUUAUACUACGUUGUAACUUGUGUGUGGUUCGUUCGGCUUGGGAAUAUGAUAGAAGAAACUCUGAACCAAACAGAACGUCACUUUUACCCAAUGACAGUGUACAACUGGAGGGUAGGGGACAGGGAGGCAGAUAGUUUGAAGCUUCUGAUUGUUGAUGAUAUUAUUUGUUGUUAAGCCCUCUCAACAUCAGGAUAAUCACAAACGUAACUAAUAACGCUCAAUCAUGAAUAUUCCCCUCGUUCAACAAGCCGGCAUGCAGAUGGGUCAGAUGCCCCAGCCCAACAAUCCUCAAAUGGCGCAGAAUCCCCAACAAGUCCAGCAACAACAACAACAACAGCAACAGCAGCAGCAGCAGCAGCAACAGGCUCAAGAAAAGCUCGACAAUAUUUCCAAGGUGAAGUCCCUCGUGGGCCCCCUGAAGGAGUCCCUGGCGAUAGCCAUGAAGUCCGCAGCCCAGACAUUCCACCAGAACAGUCUGGUGGACGUCGGCUCCCUCAAAGGCAUCGAACCCACGGAUCAUCGAUUUAACAAGAACUUCGAAGAGUUCUUUUCCAUCUGCGAUCAAAUUGAACUGCAUCUCAAGACUUCUAUCGAGUGCUUGUCACAGAACUCCAGCUCUGUGAGGUAUCUACCAAUGCCCGUGGUUCCCACGAGGGUCGAGCCUGUCUCCACCCAGGAGGGCCCUGCACUCACUUAUCCACAGUUCCUGAUGACUGUUAAAGCUCAGGUGGGAUUCUUCAGGGAGGUUCAUGACACCUUGGUCACUGCUGCUCGGGUUAUGUCUGACUGAGGGUUAGAGUAAGAGCUUUUUGUAAAUAGAUAAAAUUAAGUCUUUUAUGUUUAGGAAGAGACAAAGAGUAAUGUCUUUAUUUUAAGGAAUUUAAGAUGUAGUGAAUGAAGGGGUGGGAAUAUAUAAAAUAGUUGUGCAGGCCGAUAGGGGAUGGUAAUUUUGUAAUAAUCGUGGGUCUAUGCAUAAUAAAUGUGUGAUUUUUUAAGGAAUUAAGAAAAAAAAUUAUUCCAAACAAA